AUGGAUUCCGAGAUUGACUCGCUUAAGCAAGAAAAUGUUAGACUCAAGGCUGAGAAUAUUGAAGCUCUUGAGGCAGCGAUACCAGAGGUAUCAGCUGUUGAUGUACCCGGUUUGCUUCAGCAAGCAGACCAGCUCAAGCAACAUACGUCUGUUACCAAAGUUUCCUUGGGAAACGAUAAAAUUGAAAGUAGUACAAAAACCGUUUCCUUGGGAAACGAUCAGAUGGUCUCAGAGAAGUCUGAAAAAAUCGAGAAAACUUCAAGAAAUCAUCAGAAGGCUCUUCAAGAUUUUGAUGACCCUGAUGAAAUCGAGCUUACUAAAAAUCCGAGCAUAGAACUUGAUUUAAUACGAGAUUUACAGAGUCAAGUAAUCUCAAAAACCGUUUCCUCGGGAAACGAUCAGAGUCACGUGCAUUCAAAACCUGAAGUAACCAUUUUUACUACAUCUCGUUCAUCAAUUCCUAAGACUAAUCCAACUCAUGACCGCACCUAUUUUCGCAACAAAACAUUGGAUCAAUAUUCUACUUUAUAUAGAGAAUUUAGUAGCGAAAAUUUCGAUUAUUAUGGCAUUACUAAUGAGACAUCAUGCGGUUCCAAAAGGACCUGCCCAUUAUGCAGUUUAGAUCAAGAUGAUAAGGAAAGUAUAGAAGAAACUGGGCAUGAGCCAUGGCAAUUAUCAGAAGUACAUAAAUCGGAAGUCAUAAAUUCGAUGCCAGAAAACAAAGUAUCAUAUUUAUCUUUUCCCGAGCAAUGUGAAGAAAAAGGGCUCAUCCCUUUCGAAGCCAAACCCGAUCCAGAAUUAAUUAUCAAAUCCGUCUUAGAGCAUUUCCCAUACUUGAAAUUCCGAAAUAGUUUCAGAGGGAUUGAUAAUUAUAAUUUUGCAUUUGCUCAGCCGUGGAGCUCACCAUGCCCUAUUUGUGAUGGAAAACAUGGGAAUUAUGGAUUACAUGGCUCAUGGUACCGCGAGAAUGGGAAUCAGUUCCCUUAUGAUCCUGAAUUAGCGAAGUUGUAUUCCCAAGAUAAGUUGGAAUAUUGUCUUACCUGCAACACUUCAAGCAAUAAACUCAAGUUUACAAUUAUAGCAUAG